AAAAAAUUAUUUUUAUAUCUGUUGUAAUAUCUUCCGUAUAUAAUUUAGUCAUCAGCUGCUUUUGUAAUUGUGCUAUAGCAACGACUACAAAACAAAAGCUGAAUUGAUAAGGCAAUACCCUGAUCAUCUGAUAAAUUAGGCUGGGAUGUUGUCACAGAAGUCGGGCCUCAGGCUCCAACACACAUUCGGUUCAGGGAGCGUCUACGCAUGCAGACGACUAGCCUCAACAACUGCCAUUCCAUGGCCCACAUUUGCAAAACAGCUUUUGUAUCACCGCAAUGGCGCCACCACAAACGUCUUACAGCUCGAGAAGAACAAGCUGCCAGAAAUUCAGGCGAGUGAUGUCGGGGUGGCUAUGCUUCGGUCUCCCGUCAAUCCUGCAGAUGUGAAUGCCGUCGAGGGUGUCUACCCUAUACGCCCCCCUAUGCCUGCAGUAGGUGGCGGUGAAGGCGUCGGUGUGGUGGUGAAGGUGGGCGAGGGUGUCACAGAUCUUAAAGCCGGAGACUGGGUUAUACCGAGGGCCGCCGGGGCUCUUGGAACCUGGCAGUCGCAUCUAGUUCACGCAGCCGAUAACUUUGUCAAGGUCCCGAACGACAUUCCGGCUGAAUAUGCGUCCAUCUUAUCGGUCAACCCACCCACGGCAUUCAGAAUGCUGGAGGAUUUUGCUGACUUGAAGGAAGGGGAUGUAGUAGCCCAGAACGGGGCCACCUCUGCCGUGGGGCGAGCAGUGAUACAGAUGUGUGCUCUGAAAGGUGUGAAAACCAUCAACCUCAUCCGUGACAGACCUAAUAUCGAGGAGGUCACCGCAGAUUUGAAGGCGCUGGGUGCGACUUAUGUCGUGACCGAUUCGAGCGCACGACUACCAGAAACGAGGGCAAUGUUGAAGAAGGAGAAAUCGGCGAAGCUGGGACUCAACUGCGUGGGUGGCAAGAGCUGUGCCCAAAUCGUGCGCUACAUGGGCAACAACGGAGUAUUGGUCACGUACGGUGGUAUGGCCAAAGAACCGGUCACUCUGCCUACAGCGUCACAAAUCUUCCAGAACAUUAAGGCGAUUGGGUUCUGGAUGUCUCAGUGGUACACAGAGAGGGGCAAGGCCGACAGACUGCGCAUGGUAGAAGACAUAGCCGGUAUGUGA